UAAACUACGCGGCCACGUGGAUUAAUGUGACAGGUGGAGGCACAGGCCGGAGGGACGAGAUGGAACCCAACGCAAGAGCAGAUAACAAUACUAGAAAUGUUGUACAGAGGUGGAAUGAGAACACCGAACGCGCAGCAAAUCGAGCAGAUAUCCGUCCAGCUGGCCAAAUACGGCAAAAUCGAAGGCAAAAACGUGUUUUACUGGUUCCAAAACCACAAAGCUCGCGAGAGGCAAAAGCAGAAGCGCAUCACCACCACUACUAUUUUCAACACUACCCCUGAUUCAUCACCAUCUCCUCCUCCAUUUAUUAUUAGUUCAUGCCAAUUAAUAUCCUCUUCGCCGGAGGAAUUUGAGUACUGUACACCGUACAAAAGAAAAUGGAGAUCAUGGGGGUUUGAUCAAGAAGAAGAACAAGUGGAAGAUAGGACCCUCAACCUCUUCCCUUUGCAUCCUGAAGGAAUAAAGUUUAUGGAUUAAUUAAUUUAAUUUUGGAAUUAUUAAUAUUCAUUUAAAUAAUUAAUGUUUUUCAUCUGUAUGUAUAUGUAGUUGGCGCUUCGUUACGUAAUUUGUUGCUUCGUUCAUUUUUCUUUCUUUACUUUCAUUCGAGAAAAAGGAAGAACAACAAGUUGGUUGUACGUACGCGCCAUUUUUAAUAAUUAUAAUUAAUUGCGUUUUCGGGGUUAA